AUGAGCGAGCAGCUGAAGGACCCGUUAAAGUACUACAAGGAUCUCGCCAAUCUCUACAAGCUCGAGCUGGAAUGCUACAAAGAAAGGGUCAGGAUAUGUGGGGCUGCUUGCCCCAUAGAUUCUGACGUUCGCAAGAUGGUCGAAUUUCUAAGUGGUUAUUCCGAGCGUAUGGUGAUUCUCCGCGAGGAACUGAAGAAGGCCGCUAUCGUACUUGUUGGAGCUGUUCAGGCGGCACAGGACGACGGCCUCCCGGCAAUCUCCGAAAACACGGAUCUCUACGAGUACCUCGGAAUGGGCCAGAACUUCGACGACGUCACCAUGCCGUGCCUUCUUGAAUUUCAACAGAUGCUUGGUCAUGAGUUCUUCGACCCCAAUCGAUACUUACAAAACGCGGAGCCAGUUGGAGCAUUUGGCGGGCUCUUUGAUGGGACGAUGGGGCUUGGCAACAUGUUCAACCCAAAGAUCCCGGUCAAGUCGGAUCCAAAGAAACUGCGCAAAGUGAUCGCCUACAUGAUCCAGAAGGCGCAAGAGAAGAACAUGAACGCUACC